CUCUAAUCUCUAUGCCCAUAUGGCGUCUUCAGCAUAGUCUUUUGCAUAAGUAGACGUUCUCAUUACUCUUAUUUUUAUAAAUUCGAUUUGUAUUUCUGCAAUUGUAGAUGAAAAAAUGAAAACCGUCGCUAAGUUUAUUGUUUCACAUUUACACUUUGAUUUUCGUCGGUUCGAUUGAUGGUAUUAAAUGGUUUCUUAGAUCGACUUGCGCCUAUGCAGAUCUAAGGUUUUAUUAAGUCUAUUAUAGUGUUUAUGCCGCCAAUCUAUGAACACAAAAAGUUCAAUGAAGAGUAAAUAAAUAAAUAAGUUAUAUUCUAUACUUUCAAUAUGGACAAGGAAAACGUUCGAGCUUGUAUAAUAUGCUUAGAAAUGGAUGGAACCCUUUAUAAUUUACACUCUGGUUCACUGGAACGAUAUUAUGAAUUAUUAACAGGAAUAGAUCCUCUUAAACACUUGGAGCUUCCUAUGUUUGUAUGCUAUGUGUGUAAAGCAAUGUUACACAAGUUCUACUUAUUUAGACAGAGAAGCUUAAGGGGUCAGGCUAUAUUGCAGGGUAUCUUUCAGCGCCAUGGCAAGAUUAUUGAAGAAGACAUUAGAGAGGUGGACAAAAAUUCCUACCUCCUAAGCUCAAAUUUAAGUAUACACUAUCCAGAAGACAUUAAAAUGAUAAAGGAGGAAGAUGCUAAUGAGACAAUCAAACAGGAGCCAGAUGAAAUACUUGAUUAUGAUUUUACGUUAGAAACAAACCAUGACAAUGAUUGGCCGAGUGAUGAUGAACCCUUAUCUAUUCAUAAGAGUAGAAAAAUGGAGGGGAAUUUGGAUGUGAUGGAGAUGAAUGUGGAGGGAGAAGUAAAAACCGAGGAAGUUGAGGAGAAACCAUCAAAAGCUUCGAAAACGAAGAAAUCCAAAAAAGUAUCGCAACCGAAGGCGGUGCGACAGCGCUCGGACACACUGAAAGCGGUCAUCCUGCGGAAAGGGUCCAUUGAUGAUAUGGAUUUAGAGACGUAUGUCACGGUUGUCAAUUUGACGGAGGAAGAACAAUUGGAAGAAAUCCGGAAACGACAAGAGACUGAUAAUUAUAAAAACGCUGCCUUCAAGUGCGAGCUCUGUUUUAAGGGCUUUCUGGACACACAGACCUGGCAACAUCACUUACAGAGACAUGAUAAGGUAUCCGGUAGCAUAGAAUGUAAUAUAUGCAAGCUGCGAUUUAAAACGGCAAGAGUUCUUAACAAGCACGUGAUCGGACACGCGAAGAAGUUUAUAUGCAAUUACUGUCCGUAUGUCUCUAGACACACGACUCAAGCUAAACACCACCUAUUCUGGCACCAAGGCGUCAUGUACAAGUGUCCGUAUUGCGAGGAAGUGUUGUCCAAGUGGACGUCGUACCUGUCGCACGUGCGCAUCAAGCACCCGUCGGACUACAUCUGCGGCUUCUGCGGCUACUCGUUCGUGUCGCAGCUCGGCCUCUCGCAGCACAAGACUAUCAUGCACAAGGAUCUGACGGAGGCGGCGAGCGGUGCGGACCCCAACGAGGCGCCAUAUUGCGAGGCGUGCGACGUCAAGUUCUCUUCGGCGGAGGCGUUCAAGCGACACAUGGUCACGGCCAAGAGACACAACCAGGAGGCUGAGAAUAAGAACGGCUGUCGCAAAUGUGGUGAAUCGUUCAAGACCGAUGAGGAGCUGCGUGCGCAUGUGCGUUACGCACACACGCGCAAAUGGAGCCGUACAUACAAGAAGAAAACGGACAAUCGCACUUGGCCGACUAACUGUCCCCAUUGCUCGGAGGAGAUAGGUAACGCGCGCGCGUACUGGGCCCACUUCAGGAAGUACCACCCCGACAAGGAGUAUCCCAUAGAGAAGGGGCACAUUUGCGACGUGUGCGGCAAGGCCUUUACGGGCAACGCGUUCCUCGUGUACCACAAGCGGACGCACUCGGCGGUGAAGGCGUUCAAGUGCGGCGAGUGCGGCAAGGCGUUCCACAACCGCGCCAACCUGCUGAUGCACGCCGCCGCGCACUCGGAGCGCCGCCCGCACGUGUGCUGCGCCUGCGGCAAGGCCUUCAAGAGCAAGGGCGCGCUGGAUCGACACUUUCGCAGCCACACCGGCGACAAGCCGUACAAAUGCGAGGUAUGCGGCAAGGCGUUCGCGCAGUCCAACAGCUGCAAGCUGCACGUGCGCACCGUGCACCUCAAGCAGCCCUCGCCCUACCUCAGCCGGGCGCGCCUCGACCGCAGGAAGCCCACUGAGCAGACCAUGUACUGAUUUGUUGGAGAUUAAAUAUUUUUUUAUCUGG